AUGGCGGCUAAUAACAAACUGAUCCUCGUGUUACUCUUCCUGCUUCCUCACAUCAUCUCCUCCUCGGCAACCGCCACGUCAGCAAAAGAAUACGACACGAAGGCCUACGUGGACUCGUGGUGUCGAACAACCUUAUACCCGAACCUGUGCGUCCGGUCGCUGUCUCGUUACGUGCGUUCGCGGGCAAUUCAAAAUCCACUGGACCUGGCCCGAUUCGCGCUCAAAGCGAGCCUCUACAGAGCAAAGUACACAAAGGCGUUCUUGUUAAAAGAGGUGACGAAGCUGGAGACGCUGAAGCCCCACUACUACGUGUUGGUCAACGAGUGUUUGACCCAGAUCAGAGACAGCGUGAACCAGCUGAGCCUAGCCAUAGCGGAGCUGGGCAGGGUGAACAGGAGAGGCGGGAAGAGCCAAGAAGACCUGCACUGGCACAUAAACAACCUGCAGACGUGGACAAGCACAGCUCUCACAGACGCCGAGACUUGCGUGAGUCAGUUCCCCGGGCGGAGGAUGAGCAAACUCAAGGCUACGAUUAAAGGGAAGGUGAAGAAUGUGGAGGAAACCACAAGCAACGCCCUCGCUUUCAUCGAGCACUACGCUGCUGCUAGGUACAGAGCCAGACGCCCCUAA